CGCGGGGUGCCUCAGGAGUGUCAGGGCCUGCGUUUGGGGCUCUGAACCUGCCCUCUGCGCCCUGCUCGAGGAGGGGAUCUCAGGGGAAGGGGUGCAGGAUCCUCCCCACAGACGGGCAGAGCCUGUGCUGCCUACAGGAAUGCAGCGAGGAGCUUCCCUCGUCACCCUGGCGAGGCGACCCGGGGCCUGCGCGCGGGGCUAUUUUGGUCCGUCUUUUUAUCACACACUCCUCCCUGCGGAAUUCACCCAACUAAAACCUUGCAAUCUGCAGCCUUCACUCUCAGAGGCGGCGAGCGCGCGGACGGUCCCCUUCCCCGGCACGCCAUGGCUGCACGGACCGUGCCCCAUGCCUACCCCAUGAGUUCCGAGUACGAGUUCGCCAACCCCAGCAAGAUCUACGACCAGAACUUUGGAGAAGGCGUGUCCCCAUGUGAGAUUCUAGCCCCUGCCCUGUACCACGGCUACUACAUCAGGCCCCGCAUCAACAAGCAGCUGGACCGAGGCACGUCCGAGGUCAGCCUCAACGAGCACAAGUUCCAGGUCUUCCUGGACGUCUGCCACUUCCUCCCCAGCGAGCUCACCGUCCGCACCGUGGACAACCUGCUGGAGGUGAUGGGGCAGCACCCGCAGAAGGCUGACCGCCACGGCUUCAUCUCCCGAGAGUUCACCAGGACCUACAUCCUCCCGCUGGACGUCGACCCCUUGCUGGUGAGGGCCACCUUGUCCCACGACGGCAUCCUAAGCAUUGUGGCUCCCCGGACGGGGAAGGAGGUGAAGGCCAGGGUCAACGAGGUGAAGAUAACCCACCAGGAGCAGCCGGUGGGGAAAGAAGAACAGUCCGAGGAAGGAAAAGGGAAGGAAGAGUCCUAAAGGCCCCAAAGCUGGGCUUGAGUGGGGGGUUAGGGGGGGGUCAGGGAGGGGAAUCACAGUGCCAGACCCCAAUUUCUCACCACCAGCGCCCAGCAGGGCUGGGAGGCAGCCAUGUAAAUGCCAAACUUCGGCUUCUUAAGGCUGAUGGUUGGAAAAAGGGGCUUGGAAUUUAAAAAAGAAGGGGACUGAAGUGCUUGUGUGAGGGAUUGUACUGCACUGCAAGUUUUCUCCUGGGCCAAGCGCCCGCUGAGCACCAUGCCCUUCCCUCACCCCGCAUGGGAAGGGUGACUCUCGCCCAGAAGCUGCUCCUGCCCCGGGGAAGGAACAUGCCCAGCACCUCAAUUCGGAGCCAGUGGCUGGCCUGUCUGCAGACACAGGGAUCUUGUCGGUCUGUAAAAGCGCCUGCAGCUCUCUGGAGGAUGGAGAAAUAAACCUGCCUCCGGCCUGCUGUCGUUUGCCCUGGGUUUGCAUUGCUUCUGGCCAUGCUGUGGGCGUGGGCUUUGGAGGCUCACGGCGAGAGCUGGAGCUGGAGCUGGAGUCAGCCCGAGUAAAUAGCCACCAAGCCAUGUCCCUGCCUGCCUCAGACCACUCAUUUAUGGGACGUGAAGCUUGUUCACACGCAGACCUUUCAGUUCUUGUGAGGGGAGCGAACCCCAAAAUGCCAAUGGGAAGGGCUCUGCUCAGGUCCCAGACACCUUGCUGGCAUCCCAGCACCUGCUGUGGAGCCACAGAGGGGAGAAUUCUGCCCCUUUUGCAGACAGGGUGAUGCUACCGGCUACAUGAGAAAUAUAUCCACAGCCGUGUGAUGCUGGGCCAGGGAUCGGGUGUGCUGCUGUCGGCAGCAGCUGCUGCCUCGGCCGGCCCCAGGGCUCAGCAGGCGCCAGGCACGAUCCUUGUCAGUGCCAAUUAAAGCAGCCAAAUUGCUGUGUCACUGGCCAAAUAUGGGGGUCCCUGGCAGGGCCCCGUGCAGCCCUCCCAUGGGAGACAGAAAAGCUCCAGGGACCCAUGGCCGGAGCCUCCUCCUGCCGGGACGUGGCUGUGGGUUUCUGCACGCUGCCUCCCUGCAUGGACAGGACCAGAAAGGCCGUGCUCAGGCUGCUCCUUCACCCGUCAGCCUCCGUGGAGCUGCUUUCUGCUCCUCAGGGCCUCUGCCAGCAGUGAGGGUCAGAGGGAAGAGAAGAGCUGCCCUGCUCGCCAGCACCAUGGGAGCGAGCAGGAGGGUGACUGAGCAUCCAUCCUGCCCGGUGCACGUCACCCAAACCCCCGGUACGUGCUGCUGAGGGAUGCCCUUCCUCAGAUAAGCCGCUGCCAGAGAGUUUUUCAUUUGCUGUCAAAAUAAAAAUCUCCUUUACAA